GCAGUAUUUGCCGCUGGAUGUCACCCCAAACGACGGUGCCACCAGUGCUUCAGGCCGUUGAUGAUUGAUCGACUGUCCCUCGCCAAUCGUUGGGCGUAAGCUGUCCAUCAGAUGAGUACGCAUACUUCCCCAGCUGCGCCGCAGUUUACACUAAGAUCGAAAGAAUUCGGAGAACUACGAUUCCUCUUCCUCUGCGCCUGAUUGACGAUAUGGAAUGAUGCCGUUGCCGUCUGGAUUACCUGACCACUUGCGAUCACAAUGGCUCAGGUUGCGACAGUCAACUUUGGCACCGAGCUCAAGGACGGCUACAAGCCGGUCGACAAUUGGGUAAACUUGGGCAUUACAUGGCUCACCGAAAUCCAAGAAUUCUACCAGGAACGCUCCGCUAUAGAAAAGGAAUACAGCCAGAAGUUGACCGCUCUGGCAAAGAAAUACUAUGACAAGAAAUCGAGAAAGUCCAGCAACCUGAGCGUCGGCGACAAUCCCGCUCUGACUCCGGGUUCUUUAGAAUCCGCCUCCCUCACGACGUGGACCACCCACUUAUCUACGCUUGAGGCCCGAGCGAAUGAACACGCGAAAUUCUCUAAAGAUCUCAUCAGUCAAGUUGCGACACCGCUGGAGUAUACCGCCACAAAACUCGAGGAGUUGAGAAAGAGCCAUGCCGAAUAUAAUGCCAAACUUGUCAAGGAGAGGGAUUCGUCUUAUGGCGAUCUCAAAAAGUUAAAACAGAGAUACGAUGCCGUGUGUCAAGAGGUUGAGAAUCGAAGAAAAAAGGCCGAAUCGUCCAUGGACAAGAGCAAGGCUCAGAGCACGUACAACCAACAGUUGAUGGAAAUGAACAAUGUCAAGAACACCUAUUUGAUUGGCAUCAAUGUCGCGAAUAAGAUGAAGGAAUGUUAUUACCACGAAUACGUCCCGGAAUUGCUCGAUUCCUUGCAGGACCUGAACGAGACUCGUGUUUCGAAACUGAACUCAAUAUGGCUGGUCGCCGCGGCACUCGAGACCAAUACUCUCAAAAGAAGCACCGAGCUCAUGACCCGUCUCUCGGGCGAGAUUCCCCGAAAUAAUCCGAGUCUCGACAGCAAUAUGUUUGUACGGCAUAAUGCUGUACAAUGGCAGGAACCUGGUAAUAUGAUCUUUGAGCCGUCUCCAGUGUGGCUGGAUUCAGACAACAUGAUGACCGAUGAUGCGUCCAAAGUUUUCUUGCGCAAUAUCCUGCAGAAAAGCAAGCCACUCAUCAAUCAACUCAAGGUGGAGUCGGCCCAGAAAAGACGAGAGCUGGAAAAUUUGAAGCAGGCUCGGCGAGAAGGCAAAGACAGGCGCGACGAAGUAGAAUCGGUGCGAUUGCAGUUUGCCAUGCAGGAGGACUUGCAUGCCGUCGAGCGAAAACGACUGACGGCAGAAGUGGAGACGUCGACAAUCACCUCAGUCGUGGGCGAUCUGAGCAUGUAUGGCAAGAGCCACAGCUUUAAAUCCGAAACAUUCAAAAUCCCUACUAACUGUGAUCUCUGCGGUGAUCGCAUCUGGGGCCUGAGUGCCAAAGGGUUCAUAUGUAACGAUUGCGGCUUCACUUGCCACAGCAAGUGUCAUAUGAAAGUGCCUGCGGACUGUCCUGGAGAACAGACGAAGGAAGAGAAGAAGAAAUUGAAGGUGGAACGACAAGCGGCAGCGCUGAUGGCAGUCGAGGCCCCUCCACCUGCCUCGAACGGUGCUACGUCUCCUCCUCCCUUGACGAGACAAGACACAAUGAGCAGUCUGUCGUCUGGCUACGCGGCUAGUGCCACAAGGUCUUUGUCUGGCGGAGUUCCAAGGUUGUCAGCGCUGGACGAUUCAGCCACGAGCUCUCCAUUAACGACCAUUACUUCCAACUCUGGAUCAACGACAGUCGCGGGACCAAGACGGAACAGGAUUGUCGCGCCACCACCAGCAGCAUAUGUCAGCGUACCUGGCGGUGACUUGGCUGCCAAUGGGAGUGGUCAACCCAGAGGCAAGAUGAUGUAUCCAUAUGAGGCCAGAGACGAAGGAGAAAUAUCUCUUCCCGAGGGCACGGAGGUGAAGAUACUGGAACCCGACGACGGCGGCUGGACCAAAGUUCACGCUGGCUUGGGCAAAGAAGGUCUCGUGCCCACGGCCUACUUGGAAGAACUGCCCACUGCAGCCAGCACGCCCGCGCAAGAACGCCCUCCAUCAUUAUAUUCCAACUCGAGUGCCUCCCUGGCAUCGUCGAACCUGGCGGGCACGAGCAAGAAGAAACAAGGUCCUGCGGUAGCGCCUAAACGAGGAGCGAAGAAGGUCAAAUACGUGGAAGCGCUCUAUCCUUACACGGCCCAGAGCGAUGCCGAGUUCGACAUGGCCGAGGGGGAGAGGUUUAUACUGAUCAGUAUGGGGAGUGGAGACGGAUGGGCGGAUGUCGAGAAAAACGGCGAGACAAGAAGUGUUCCGGCCAAUUAUAUCCAGGAGGUCUAGAGGAUCGCCGAGGAAUGCCCAAUUUUGGGGCAGAGACGCGCCUUCACGUCUGGUUAUGGUGCAUAGAAGCACAAGAGAUGCAUUUUGAGCGUCAAAUAGAGGCACUGUCAUUUUGUCCACGAGCCAUAGUUCACCUGGAGAGGACCAAGACCAAUGCAGCCUUGUCCCAGGCAGUCGGGUGUAGUGUUGGGGCCGUUUGAUAGCGGGCUUGUUUGGAAAAGUUACCAUUGGAACUAGAACCCAUGUGGCCGGUUUCUUUAUCUUCAAUAUCCUU